AUGAAAAAGCGGGUCUUGCCUAGAGUUAUAGACUUGGUUGCUGGCUUAAAAGUAGCUAGGAAAGAGAUCGUUCCUUUGUUGUUAAGUGAUAUCUCUAAUUGUGUUGUGGAUUAUAAUGAGUUGAUGGAGAUGUAUGAAAAUAGCGGUCGGAUCAAGAGUCUGUUUAUUCUAAUGGGUAAUACAGAGGCUGGAAUGUUUCAGCACCUUCCUUUGUUCUGCCGGCACUUUGGUAUUUCUCUUUACAAGAUUGUUGAUCGCGUGGAUGAAAUACCUAAAAGAAAGAUGCCUCAUUUAAUUGGAGUAAAGGCUGAACACCGCAGUAUAACUCAACUAGAUCAAUUCUUACUGAGCUAA